AUGGGCGACUCUCCCUCGGACAAGAAGCCUGGCAUUCCCGCCUGGCAGCGCGCCCAGGCGCCAUCCACGCCUUCCGACUCCGCUUCGUCCGCCACGGAAGACUCGCGGCCGCCCACUCCAAGCUCAGACUCAGCCUCCGAGCACGCCGAUGAGCCCCAGUCCGAGCCCCAGCCAAGUUCGCUGGAUGCGAACGAGCCUCCCAAGGACGGAGCUCUCCUCCUGCAGCAGGCGCGCAAAUUCCUGCAAGAUCCCUCCAUUCGCGAUGCCGCCGACGACCGGAAGCGGAGCUUUCUGGUCUCCAAAGGCGUAGCCGAGGACGACAUCAAGCUACUGCUCGCCGAGGCGAAGAUGCAAGAUACGCCGCCAAGUAAAGUAGCUCCGCCAAAGUCCCCUGCGACUCAGCAACCUUUGUCGUCUCCGCCCACCGCAUCCCGCGCUCCUCCGAAAGAUAUCCCGCCCAUUGUGACGUAUCCAGAAUUCUUGACCCAGCCUACAUCACCUCCGCCGCUCAUUACCGUCUCUCGCGUCCUCAAUGCCAUAUACGCUGCUGUAGGGUUGGGUGCUGUGACAUAUGGCGUAUCGAAUUACCUUGUCAAGCCGAUGGCUGAGGAGCUGGCUGGAGCGCGAGCGGAGUUUGCUGUUAAUACGAAGUCCAACAUUGAAAAGCUCAAUGAGAAGCUGGAGGGCAUGGUUUCGACUGUACCCAAGCUUGGCAGCAACGGGAAGCCAUUAUCACCAGAACAGGAGAAGGAUGCGACCUCUGAUGUCGAUUCGGAUGAGGACCCCACGGAGCUCUAUCAUCGUGACUUCGGCACACAGACAAGUCCCGCUCUUUCCCGGCGUGGGAGUGACGCCUCUUCCGCUGAUUCAGAGAAGUCGCCAGCAACCCCGGCGGAGGCACAGUCCGCGCACCUCGACAAGCUGAUAGCCGAACUCCGCGGUUUGACCUACCUGACGAGAGGAAACUCGACGCAGGACGAUGCUGUGCAGACACAACUGGGAGACUUGAAGAAUUACCUCAACGAAAUGGCUUACUCGAGCCCCUACUACGGAGGUGAUAUCUACGGCGCAAGGUAUGGCAGUAGCUGGAAAAAGUCGGGAGAGGAAGACGCCAUUGAGGCAUUCAAGGCCGACAUCAGAAGCGUAAAGGGUGUUUUCCUCUCGUCGAGGAAUUUCCCGAGCGCGCAACAAAGAGGAUAUGGAGUGGGUAGGUGA